GAAUAUGACGAGGUCACGCAGCCAGAUAUCCACAAGACGGAGUGUACUGUGGGAGGAAAGUGGAAAGUGGAGCUGCUGUACAUGUAUGCAGAUUGUCCUACUGAGAAAACGGUUGAGAAGCCAGUGGAAGUUGUAGUGGAGAAGGAGGUACCCUUCAUCGUCGAAGUGGAAAGGUCGCGAGGAGUGGAAGCCUCGACAGGCACACAGACCACAGCGCUUUGGUGCGCAUAUUGCGGUGCUCCUGGGCACAGCAUCGCGGAGUGCCCGCUUCUCCGGCUGCAGCAGCAAGUUCGUCAACUGGAGCUCGAAAGCAAAAAACCCAAGCACCAAGACUGCCAGCUCUGUGGAGAUGCUGAUCAUUUGGCACCAAACUGCCCAACACUGCGUCGACCAACCUGUUUUGAUGCUUGUGUCCAGACUGAUUUGCAAUGUCAGCUUUGCGACAAGCUGGGUCACAUUGCCAAGCAGUGCCCUCUGCUCGCUGCUUUGAUGCAGAAAUCAGAUGGGGCAACUGCCCGGAUUCGAGUCGGCGGGGGAUGGCUGAUUGCCCCGCAGGUGCCAGGUUUGGGGGAGCCCGGCCUGAACGAGGAGGAGGCUAUCCAGGCACUGGCAGCUGCCAACACGGCCGGCUGCAUGACAAAGGGUGGAAUCCUAGAGCAGCGAGCUCGCGAGGGAGCUGCCCUGGUAGCGAGAUUACGAACUGAAAAUGCAGCCGCAGCCUGGUCUGUUGAUUGUGAUCGCCAACGAAUCCGGUCCUUGCAGAAGGACAGGCAACGGUUGCUGCACGAGUUGGGUAGUUUAGAGCAGAAAGAAAGGGAGCUGCUGGAGUCUGCAAGAGAAGCUGACCGGGAACUGCUUCUGGAAAAAAGACAGGCCGAGGAGAGGACCUUUGGUCAGGAAACGGCUCUUGGCAUCAUUGCCAGCCGAGCAACUUCGGCAGAGCAGCGUUGGAAAGAUGCUGAAGCAAAUUCAAGCAAACUGCGAAUUUCGGCUGCGGAAGCAGAAUCUGCUUCUGCCACCACCAGCCGUAUUGCAGCCGCAGAUGUCGACAGAUAUUCCAUUGAGAUUCGCGAGUUGCAGAAAGCCUUAGCGCAUGGCAAUCAAACGCCACACAUGCUGCAGUCGUCUGAAAGUGGAGAAUCACGAAGUCAGCUUAACCACAUGGUUCAACGGAUGCAGCGCGAAGAAGCAAGUUGUGCAGAGUUGCGCAGAGUUCAGCAAAUCCUGUCAGCACAAGUAGAAGACAGCCGCUUGAAACAAGCAGAGACUGAGAAGCGAGCAUUACAUGUAGCCCGUGAGCUCGUGGAUUCCUCCCAGGCGAUUGCAUGGUUGCAAAAUGAAGUGGCUGUUCAAAGAGAAGCCUGGGCAGAGCUUGAUGCCUUGCGCUCCCACAAUGACCUUCUUCGCCAGCAAGUGCAAGUGCAAAAUACUUCCACUGACAGGGACUUCGUGACGGAGACUCCCGACCGGCAGAGCCAGUCCGUAGAACAGCCCGAGCUACGUGCAGUGAGCGAAGCUCUGCAACUUGCAUGGGAGGGUGAGGCCAAAGGCCACCGGAAAGCGCAGCAGCAAUUGCAAAGCCUUGAGAUCUUGUGCUUGACACCUGCUCGCCAACAGCUCCUUCAAUUUGCUGGCUUGUCCAAGCAAUGGAGGCACUGUCUCAGUCGCUGGAGGUCUGCUGGACGAGAGAACGACCAAAUCAGCCAGUCAGCUAAGGAGCCGACAUUAUCUCCAGGCACAGAGGAAGAACUCCGGCAUUCGGUGUCUGUGCCGGCUGCUCAUGACGUCUGUGGCUGCAUUGAGAGUCUCGCACGCGAAACUGUUCACCAGCUGGUGCUUGCCAGGAACUCCGUUGAUGAACGGCCUGGGACAGCUUGGCAUGAGCAGUGGGCAGACACAGACAGGGGUCGUGGACCCAGGGUGCCCGCUGGUCAGAUCCAGGCACUUGAGACGGAGGUGGAAGACUCCGAUGCGCCAUCCUUGACGUCUUCUUCUUUAAGCCUGCCUUUAAGAGAGGCAAUGUAUUCUCGAUCCAAACUUCGCCAAGACAAGCUGGAGUUUAACGACGCCAUACCGUACAAGCUCGCUUUCGGUAAAUGCAUCCCAGGCAUUCCCAGGAUGGGCAAGUGGUGUAUUCAAAGUCACGCUCUCCGUCCCGACCUCGAAGUGCUCCAGGACCAAGCGAGAAUCCUCGCCGCUGGGCCCAUGGGCCCUGAGAGGUUCAAAGCCAUGGAACAGUUCUGGGGACCUGCGUGGGUGGUGCUCAAGUAUCAAUCGGCGCAGUAUAGACUUGGGCCACUUGGCAAGCUAAUGGACAGCGCAGUGGAGGGAGACUGUGGAUUUAGCUCGCAUUAUCUCAGCGAUGACUUCAUUACGGAAGUUCUGGAAUGGCUCAGGAACUUGACGCUGAGAGAUGUGUGCCAGCAAGAGAUGACAUCAAGUCAGACCAUCUCGAAAGCCGUCGACGAAAUCCUUCAGAAUGCCACGAGGCAAACGUACCAACAAGCGAAAGCACUGAAGCAAAGAACGCAGGUCGAGGCGAUCGCAUCACAAUGCCUGCGGCACAUGCAUUCGUGUGACCCUGAGUGCGACGUUGUUCUGGAGCUCGGAGCGGGCCAGGCCGUACUUGGACAUGCCGUGUCCCUAGCCAGCAAUCUGCCUCUUGUCGCAGUGGACCGUCGGAGUAACACCGAUGCCUUGGCAAGCACAAGCACAUUGAGGGUCCAGGCAGAAAUCGCCGCUUUCACCACGUCUCUUCUUCCGGACGGAAACCAUGCUUCGUCGAUUGGCGGCUCAAGAGCAGCCAUUGUGGUCAAGCACCUUUGUGGCCACGGCUUCGACGAGGCACUGGCCCUGGCUUUGGUGUUACACAAAGACAGCCGGUUCGGCUUCUUCUGUGGCGCUCCCUGCUGCCACGCCACGAUGCGCUGGGCUUCGUUGAGUUCCGAAGUGUGCCGGUGGCUUCGGGAGCAAGGCAUGCCUGGGACGCCCGACGAGGCGAAGGCGUUCUCCCUUCUGACUGACAUCAUUCGGCUUGCCCGGGUCGGCGCAGACUCAAAAGCAUGUGGGAGAUGGCGCCUUCGCCAUCAUGUGGACGACACGGAGGCUGCCUUGCUGGGUCGAAAAGUUUGCCGACUCAUUGAUGAAGGCCGUCUGGUCCACCUUGAAAGUCAAGGGUUGACGGUGCGGCUGUUGGAGUACUGUCACCCUUCCCUGUCCCCGGACAACAUCUUGGUUUUGGCCAAACCCAAAGACCUUGUGAACGGGACUGAACUGCCACUGUCAUGGCCCGGGCCUGGAGCAGGCUCUUUGACGCCUCUCUUACCACCUUCAUGCAUCUUGAUCGAACUUGAUCCGACAACCCCCCACAGCCUCACGGCCCGAGUCGCUGCCCUCCUCAUGGAGAUGAAAGCAUCGGGAUCCUUGCCCAUAGCUGUGGCUGGUGUUGCAGAUACAACCCAUGUCCUCACGUGCAGCGUGCUUAGCACGGAUUCGCUCGCGCUCACUGAGUUGCUGCAGUGCCUGGGCCACAGCCUGUUGCUGCAAAGGGUUGUGAGCCGCUAUAUGCCCCUCACAAGCACAGCGACGCAAGUAUCGGAUGUUGCAACGGAUGCCCAGAGCGGGCUGAAAGUCGGCUCGCCCAAGACAGCUCAGUCGACACUUAGAGUUUCUGCCCGGCCAAGAUCCGUCGAGCCUGAUCUUUGCAAAGCACUUCCAUCACAGAUGCUAGAUCCAGUAAAUUUCACACAUGUCUUGACCGUGUACCAUAGUGUCGACUUCCGCUAUUCCCUACUGCCUCGUAGCUGUUUCGAUCCGUCCGCCUGGUCCAAUGCCAAGCGUGAGGCACACAAGGAGUCGAAGGUUGCCUUUCGCUUCGUGGAGGCAGGGCUCCGCUGCAGAAGGCUUUGGAAGAGCGACGCCGCAAGCGCUGUGACCGGUGUGGUGAUUUGGAGCGACACGAAAGAAGCCAAGUCGGACGACGAAUGGAUACGCUUCGCGAGCAAAGUUUGGGGCUCCGAUACGGUGCUGGCAGAGCUGCGCCCCGCCUGCAGCUCGGGCUGGGCGGCAAGAGUUGAGACCUACAGCGACGUUUCUCUGGUUCCUUGCAGGGGGACUUGGUAUCCGCUCGAGGAUGGCAGGCAGGAUGGGGCCUCUGGUAACCUGCUCCUGUUAGAUGCAAGCAGCACCAACGAGGAGGCCAUUUUGUUGGUGCGAAGGAUUCUGCAGACUGUGCUAAGAGCUCCUUCCCCAGCUCUCGACAGAUGUGGAACUGCAGUUCUGAGGCUGCGCUGUGGACGGCGGCCACGGGCCGUCAAACAAUGGCUGAAAGACAUGACCCAUCUGAUUGAGGAGACGUCAUCCAAGUUCAACAGAGUGGAACUUCUCCACCUGCUGAGUGACCGCGAGAAUGAGCGCACUGCAAUUUUCUCUUGGAGCGGUGUCCCAACGGAGACGUGCUGUCGAACUGCCAGCGAGCGUGCGGCUUUGUCCGAGCGCAUUCGUGAUGGACAGGGUAAGCCGCCCGAGCAGCGCAGUGGCUUCUUGUACGGCACGUUUGUGCAGGGUGGUCACGACAAGCACCGUUUCAGCUCGGAUCGGGGUGCUCGCUCCAUGUACAGGGUCUAUCGAAGCAGCGUCUCACAGGACUCAGCGAUGGAUCCAUCCGAGCUUCGCUCCGCCAGCCGGAGAAGUUCUGCGGCUCCUCAGGAUGAGGAGUCGGACAGCGAUGAGUAUGAGGCAUGUACAGUUCGACAGAAUCAGGGCAAGUUUGCUGUCACGUAA